AUGGAUCCUGCACGACUAGAUACCAUUACAACUAUUUUGAAUGCGGUUCAUGACCGUUGUGUGAAUGAAAUAAAUCAGAUAGGAGAACGUGAACGUUUGAUCAGUGCUAGAGAUUUGGCCUCGUUGGAUGCUGAGAACAAGCUAAAGUUUUUGGCUGAUAUGAGUCACGAAAUUAGAACCCCAAUGAAUGCCGUGAUUGCUUUGACCGAUUUAUUAUUGCAGGAACGGUCAACUUUAAAUGUGGAACAGAUUGAACAUUUAGAAGUCAUCCAAACCAGUGGCAGUCAUUUACUGACGAUUAUCAACGAUAUUCUAGACAUCUCCAAAUUGAAUCAUGACCCUAAAUUUAAGCUGGAAAGCAGAAGAUUUAGUCUGAGAAAAUGUUUGAAAGACACUUUAAAUAUGGCAAGACACCAAGCAUCCAUGAGUCAACAAAAUAAAAUGGUUUAUGUUUUGGAAUGUCCACCGGAUAAAGACGAUAAUUUAUCACUACCACAAUUGAUCUCGCAACUAGAGAAUAGCGGUAUCUUACUUCGUCCCUUGCAUCACAAGAAGGGGAAGACCGUAUUACCUGUCAUCUGGAAAAUAGAUUCCGACGUGCCUGAUCAUUUGCUCGGUGACACGAUGCGAUUAACACAAAUCAUGUUGAAUUUGUGUUCUAAUGCAGUCAAGUUUACAAAACAAGGUGGUAUUCAUAUUCGCAUCAAACGAUCUACACCCACUCCACUGCGUCCACCUCAUCAACAACAACAGAAUGAAAAACGCAUGUCUUUUAAAGAAAGAUACGAAGCCAAGAUAGAAACAAUGUGGUCUCGUGCUUUACAAGAGCGUCGAGAGAGGAACAACAGUGCAUCCAAUCCACUCUCUCCUCCUGCCGUUACCAAUAUCUCCUCCCCUUCAUCAGGCCUUGUUUCCUCCUCUGAGGAAUUCAUUGCCGAGGAUUACUUUGGUGAAAAGGCCAUUCUGGAAAUUUCUGUCACAGAUACGGGAAUAGGAAUCCCUGCUGAUCGUUUACCGAAACUUUUCAAGUCUUUCUCUCAAAUCGAUAUCUCAACCGCUAGACGCUAUGGUGGUACAGGUCUAGGCCUUGCCAUCUCAAGUACGCUUGUAAAUCGAAUGGGUGGUUGUGUUUGGGUAGAAUCAGAAGAAAAUGUCGGAUCUAGAUUCGCUCUUACUUUGCCAAUGACGGUGGCUCCCCGCACAAGAAAUUAUAGUAGCGGUAAUGGUGGUGGGAAUAAUGGCACAGCGAGGAAAACAUAUACGGAUUUGUUAUCACCUGCUACACGAAAUACGCGUGUGGCAAUUACCAAACAACAUUAUCAUAAUCGAAAACCACAGACCAAAGAAGAGAACCUUGCAAAAAUUCAUCCACUUCGAAUUUUACUUGCUGAGGAUAAUAUCCUAAAUCAAAAAAUUGCCAUUAGCAUUUUGAAACGACUGGGAUAUAUUGAUGUAGCCAUUGCAAAUAACGGAAAGGAAGUACUUUCCUUGAUGAAGACAUCUGUAUUCGAUGUGAUAUUCGUAAGUUUUUUUUUUUUUUUUUUUUUUUUUUUUUUUUUUUUUUUUUUUUUUUUUUUUUUUUUUUUUUUUUUUUUUUUCACAAACAAACUCACUAACCCCAUAUUAGAUGGAUUUGUAUAUGCCCGAAAUGGAUGGAUUAGAGGUGACACGAGAAAUUAUUAA